AUGUCAAUAUGUCAGGAUCUCGGCCUUAACUUCCAACAGAGAAUGGGCGCAAAUAUAUCGCAGCUAGAAAGAGAUAUUGGGUCAGAGCAGUUUCCACCGAACGAGCAUUAUUUUGGUUUAGUUAAUUUUGGUAACACAUGCUACAGUAAUUCUGUUUUACAAGCCCUGUACUUCUGUAGACCAUUUAGAGACAGAGUACUAGAAUACAAAGCUAAGAACAAGAGAACCAAGGAGACUCUACUAACAUGCUUAGCGGAUUUGUUUUAUAGCAUCGCAACACAGAAGAAGAAAGUAGGAUCAAUUGCACCUAAAAAAUUUAUAGCUAGAUUAAGAAAAGAAAAAGAAGAAUUUGAUAAUUAUAUGCAACAGGAUGCACAUGAAUUUCUUAAUUUUCUUAUAAACCACAUCAAUGAAAUAAUAUUGGCUGAAAGAAAUCAAAGCUCAUUGAAAUUACAAAAACCUGAUGGUGUGAAAGAGAAUGUCACCUGUAAUGGAAGUAUACCACAGAACACUGAGCCGACGUGGGUUCAUGAGAUAUUCCAGGGAACCCUAACUAGCGAGACGAGGUGUCUGAACUGUGAAACUGUCAGCAGUAAGGACGAACACUUCUUUGAUUUACAGGUAGAUGUUGACCAGAAUACAAGUAUAACACACUGUCUCAAGUGCUUCAGUGAUACCGAAACCCUUUGUAACGACAACAAAUUCAAAUGUGACAACUGCAGCAGCUAUCAAGAGGCACAGAAACGUAUGAGGGUGAAAAAAUUGCCUCUGAUACUAGCAUUACAUUUGAAGAGAUUCAAAUAUAUGGAACAAUAUAAUAGGCAUAUCAAAGUGUCACAUAGAGUGGUGUUCCCGCUUGAGUUGCGACUUUUUAACACGUCAGAUGAUGCUGUAAACCCUGACCGUUUGUACGACUUGGUGGCUGUUGUGGUUCACUGUGGCUCGGGACCAAACCGUGGACAUUACAUCAGCAUUGUCAAGAGUCAUGGGUUCUGGCUACUGUUUGAUGAUGAUAUGGUUGAUAAAAUUGAUGCAUCAGCUAUAGAAGACUUCUACGGCCUAACUUCUGAUAUACAAAAGUCAUCGGAGACAGGAUAUAUACUUUUCUACCAAUCAAGAGAUGCUAGUUGUUAA